AUGGAGGCAGCUCAGCCUACGUGGCAGCUGCCCGGCCUCGUCCAAUCGGCCCACUGCCAUGUUCUUUGCCGAGAGACACGAGUGCUACCCUCCAUUGCCACCCCACCCCGCAAAAUCGCUUCCACUCAGUCGGUCUCCAAACCUGUGUGGUCCGGCGUGGGUACCGUCAGGUGCUGUCUGUGCUGCCGGCCGCCGGAGGGUGAGCGUGGCCCCACCCCGCGAUUCGCGUCCGCUAGAGGGCGCUCGGAUCCCCGAAAGUGGAAUCCAGGUUCUGUGGAGGGCACCCUGCCAGUCGCAGGUGCUGGGGCUGACAAGGUGAAAAUUGGUUCCCCUGAGUUUGCCUACAAGGCCAUAACGUCCUCCUUGGCGCGACAACCACCUCACCACCCUACUCUACAGAGGAAACUGACACUCCGACACUCCGCACGCCCGCCCCCUGCACGCCACACCCCCAAACCCUGCCACUCGGUCUGGCUCCCGCGCACGCGCACGGCCGCGGUGUCCAUGUGCUCCGUUGUCAAUAAAGUUUGUGCAAGCCGGAAGCGGAAGCGGCGAGUCUCCAUGGCGGCGGCGGCGCCGGUGUUUUGGAGGCGGCUGCUGGGCCUUCUGCCGGGCCGCCCCGGGCUCGUCGCGCUCCUGGGCCGCCUGUCCGACCGUUUCGGCCGGAACCGGGACCGCCGGCGCAGGAGGACUCCAUGGCUGCUGCUGGCCCCCUUGCUGUCCCCUGCUGUUACCCAGGUUACCUCCCCGCCUUGCUGCCUGUGUCCAGAGGCCGUGCACAGGUUCCAGUGGAUCCGAAACUUGGUCCCUGAGUUUGGCGUCUCCAGCUCCCAUGUCAAGGUGCUUUCUUCCCCAGGAGAGUUCUUUGAGGUCAUGAAGGGCCAGAUAAAGAGUGCCAGGAGGCGAGUGGUAAUGGCGUCCCUCUACCUGGGGACGGGGCCUUUGGAACAGGAGCUGGUGGAUUGUCUGGAAAACACUCUGGAAGAGUCGCUGCAAGCCAAGCUUCCCUGCGACCUCAAGGUCUCCAUCCUCUUAGACUUCAUGCGGGGUUCCAGAGGCCGGAAGAACUCACGCACCAUGCUGCUUCCGCUGCUGCAGAGGUUCCCCGAGCAGGUGCGGGUCUCCCUCUUCCACACGCCAAACCUGCGCGGGCUUCUCCGGCUCCUGAUCCCUGAGCGCUUCAAUGAGACCAUCGGCCUGCAGCAUAUCAAAGUGUACCUCUUCGACAACAAUGUGAUCCUGAGCGGCGCAAACCUGAGUGACUCCUACUUCACCAACCGCCAGGACCGCUACGUCUUCCUGCAGGACUGCCCGGAGGUCGCCGACUUCUUCACCGAGCUGGUGGACGCUGUGGCCGACGUGUCCCUGCAGCUACAGGGUGACAACACAGUGCAGGUGGUGGAGGGCAUGGUGCACCCCUACAAAGGUGACCGGGCUGCGUACUGUGAGGCUGCCCACAGGAGGGUCAUGGGCGUGAUCCGCUCAGCGCAGAGCCGACAGCACCUUCUGCAUGUGCAGACCUUCCACAGUGACCCCCUCCUGACCCACGAGGAUGCUGCCGCCGCCGGUGACCGGAAGCCAGCCCCUGACACCUGGAUCUACCCGCUGAUCCAGAUGAAGCCCUUUGAGAUCCAGAUCGAUGAGAUUGUCACUGAGACCCUGCUGACCGAGGCCGAGCGUGGUGCCAGGGUCUACCUCACCACCGGCUAUUUCAACCUGACUCAGGCCUACAUGGACUUGGUUCUGGGCACGCGGGCCGAGUACCACAUCCUGCUGGCCUCUCCAGAGGUGAAUGGCUUCUUCGGGGCCAAGGGCGUGGCUGGCGCCAUCCCGGCAGCCUACGUCCACAUCGAGCGGCAGUUCUACAGCGAGGUGUGCAGCCUGGGGCAGCAGGAGCGUGUCCGGCUUCAGGAGUACUGGCGGAGGGACUGGACAUUCCAUGCCAAAGGCCUCUGGCUCUACCUGGCGGGGAGCAGCCUGCCCUGCCUCACGCUGAUUGGCUCUCCUAAUUUUGGGUACAGGUCGGUCCACCGCGACCUGGAGGCCCAGAUCGCCAUCGUGACGGAGAACCGAGCUCUGCAGCAGCAGCUCCACCAGGAGCAAGAAGGGCUCUACCUGAGCUCAGGUGUGGUGUCCUCGGCCACUUUUGAGCAGCCCAGCCGGCAGGUGAAGUUGUGGGUGAAGCUGCUGACGCCCCUGAUCAAGAACUUCUUCUGA